UAAAAAUGAUUUACCUUUUUUCCUUCUUUAUUUUAAUCAAGUCAUGAGGGUGAGACUGAAACUAAGUAAUUUGAUGGGGCCAUCUUUAUUUCCAAAUCACUCACUCAGUCAAAUGGGAGUAGAGGCAGGGCUAGAUUUGGAAAGGACAACUGUGUCAAGUAUACCAAACUUUUCAGCUACUGGAGCUUAUCCAGAGCCAAGUGUUAUUUGCAGCCAUCCUUGAUUAGUAUCUUCACCAGGGGUAAUUAUAGUUUGCCUAUUUAAAUUCCCUUGUGUAACUUUAAUUGAGUGUCUUAAUUUUAUCUGUGCUUUGGUGUCCAUCACUUAGUCUGCAUUGAGUGUUAGUGAUUGUGUAUGUGGAUUUUGUAUGUCUGCAGUUUGUGGGACUCGUGUAAAGUACACCCUUUCCAUUGGAAAGCGUUAUUUCAGGCACAUCCUGCUUUUAUUUUCUGAAAAAUGGAACAGUGCUUGUCUCUCUCAUAAUUAUUUGGAAAUAAAAAUGAUAGUGUUGCAUUUUGGUUAUAGGUUAUUAGGGAUGAGACUGGCUUGUCAUUAUCUUCUGGUCACAUGUAGUGUGUGAAUUCAGAGUGUUGCUUUAUUUAAUCUAACUUACAAGGCUUUGGAUUUAUAGAACAUUAUUAAUAUAGUGUCAAUGAACAGUCAGUAUUCUGUACUGGUGAGAAGGAGAGUGGUUUGCUAAUUUUACAUUCUUCACAAGCAAUUUUCUCAACUUUAAAAAUAUAUCUUUUUAUUUAUUUUUUAUUUUAGUCAUCGUAGAUGUACUAUACUACAGUGUGUGUGAGUGUGUCUGUAAAAUAUUUUACUAUGGUUUAUUGAGAAAAUGUAAGUUGUUAUGGUAGAUUGGUUACUGCAGCGUUUUUUUUUUUUUUCCUUUAACACAUCUGGGUAGCCUUUGAAUUUUGAAGUCCACUCACAAAGUUUUCAUCUCUAUCACACAUCUGUUUAAGAAGAGUAAGCUGUGCUUUAUUUUAUUCCAGAUUGAGGCAUACAAUUGACAUUUUUGCCUUAAAAAAAAACUUGGGAGAGGAAGGUGGAUAUAAACCAAGAUCUUUUUGUAAGUGCACACACCACAUUUGCUUGUGUUUGAAACUCAGAAGUGCUUGUGUGUAUUACAUUUAUUUUUAUUCUUAGCAGAGCAAAUAUGGAUUUUAAAAUUUAUUUAUUUUCAGCUUACAGAUGGAGGCAUAUUCAUGCCUUAGACCUCCCAAACUGUACCUUUUAUCUUUUUUUUUUUAAUACAUAUUACUUUGUGGAAAGAACCAAUGAUCUACUUUUGGGCCUAUGGAGAUGUUUGUUUAUAAUCCAAAAGGGAAUAUUUAGAAAUAGGUAAUCUUGUGUGGCUAGUGUUGUUUGGCCUGAGCUGUGUCAAGACAUUUUCCACAAUUUUCACACAUGUAGACCAUGUGAAGCGUUAGUAUUCACUUCAAAGUGAAGUUGGUGGUUGGCCACCGAACAGGUUGUCACACGAAGCAUUCUGAAAUGGGAAAUGCCAUAGUAUUGAAGUUUGUGGUGAAGCGGGGGUCUGUGUCUUUGAGCUGAAUGAAGACACAGCUUUUUUAGUCUAUCCUUUUGGCUGGGAAGCUGGGGCACUAUUUUUAGGUAAGGCGGGAGUUUUGGGGAGUCAGUAAGUGCCUCUAGCAGCUGGUGUGCCUGAUUUUUGCAGUUGUUAGCAGGAAGUCUCAUUUCUAAUACCGUAAGUAUUCCAUCUACAUUGUUCUAAAGUCUGUAUACACUUAUGGACAGUCCAGUGUUUUACUGGAGAAGGGAGUGAUGCCAAAAUAACAGGGGAAAUCAUUCCUACUUGCAAAGGCCUUGUGUAGUUUAAAAAUAUAGAGCAUAUUCAUGAAAGGCUAAGAAUAUUGCAGAGGGACCUACAAAUAAGUAGACGAGAUCUUACACAUGCAUUUUUGUUCUCUGUUUAAGAAGUAGGCAUGGUAUUGAUAUUAAAUGCAAAUUAGUCUAUAAUUAUCUAUAGUCUAUAAUAUAAUUAUCAAAUUAUAUUUAAGAUUCUAAAUGCAGGCCCAGCACAAGAAGUAAGGUCCUUUGCCUGUUGUUUUAAAUGCGUAGCAGUUUUAAAUGCAUAGUAGAUUUGGGGCCAAGUUUAUCAACUUGUCGGUAAACAAGAGAUGGGGAGGAGCUACUUAAAAAAUUAUAAACAAAUUGUUAUGGCUGUUUAUUUCCAUAAACUUAGAUAAGUAUACACGCAAAUAUAAUUUGAUUUCUAAGUAAUAGUUUGAAUUGUUUUCUAGGAGAGAAGUAUGAUAUGUGUGGAGAGUGUGGCCACAGCAGCUUGUAGUUCAUUUAAAUUGCUGGGUGUAGUCGGGAUGACUUCGGUAGCAUUGGCUAGGAGCAGCGUAAGACUUAGUGGUCUGUCCCUUCACCGGUGGCUGAGAUUAUCCUUUUGAGCUACACUGAAUUUAAUAGAGUUAAUAUUCCUCUUUCAAAAAUAAAUAGUAGAUAUAACAUGAAGAUUUUUAAUUUAUAUGUAUAUAUAUGUGUACAUGUAUAUUUAUAUAUGUAUAUAUCUUUAUUUUAAAAGCUACCAAUUGUAUAAAGCAAAUUGAAAGUUUUUCAGCGUACUACUAAAGAGUCAUACCAACUUGUUUCCUGGUGUAAAUUGUACUGGGUCAGUUUCUCCAGGGGCAGGAAGUUGUAUGGUAAAGCCAGAAUUUGUGUGUUCAACUUGUUUUGACUCUCCAAAACUCUGAUUCAUCAUUAGGUUCUUCAAAGAAUGCACGGCAAAUUUUUUUGAGUAAACCAUUGUGACGUGUGAAUGUUUGUGAUUUUUGUUAUUUCUGUGCCAUAUUUUAGGUGUUCUCGGAACAUCUGAAUUUGCCUUUUUGCUUUCUUCUGUCGAUAUUCUCCUUGUGGUGAAAAUAUUCCUGUGAGGCGAGCUUCCUUUCAGUAGGCAAUAUGUGUAACUAAUAUAGUUAAAAAAAUUAUUAUUUUUAUGUAAAACUGAUGCAUGCUAUGGUAAACAGAUCGGAGCAGUGCUAAGUGUAUGUAGGAAAAAAGAUAAAAAGCCUCUGCUCUCCUUCCUCCAUCUUUAGCCGUGUCCCCCUAAUCUGACCGUAGAAAGCAGUUGGUGUUACGUGGUGUUUGGAAGACCUCUCUUGCCUAGGUGCCCGGGCAGUAGUGAAAGCAGAGGGAGAAGUCAGGGAAGGCAUGGCCACUGAACCCGUUUAGAUGUCAGGCAGGGAUUCCGCCCUUAUUUCCUGUAAUGUUAAUUAAUAUUGAUAAUCUUAAACUUCCAUUAGUUUAAGAUAACUGUAAUUGAAUUGUUAAGUGAAACACUCAAACAGUUAAUUGCAUUGUCAGGUUGGUAAAGUUUUGAUUUGUUGAUCUUGUAAGGAAAUAAAUAAUUGGAAAUUGAAUUCACAUAACCUUAGGGCUGGGAGUAAUGUUGGUAAUUAUCAUCUGUGGAAUUUUAUGAUGAGAUGCACAGUAUACUUACUAUAGGCUUGUUAUAACUCAUUAUCUUUCCUUUAGUUUUCAGAACAACUCCAAGAUAGCUGUUAUUUCUGCUUUGCAGAGGAAAUUUAGGUUAAAUGUGAAUUAACGAACAUAACGUCGCAAGACUAAAAUUAUAAAGAGCUCUGAUGGGCUAUUUGGGUGAUACCCAGUGCAGUGAACUGCAGGAUUUUUGUCCCUGAGUCAUGGAAGACAGAAGAGCUGAGAAGUCAUGUGAACAAGCGUGUGAAUCACUUAAGAGACAGGACUAUGAAAUGACCCUCAAGCACUGCACAGAGGCCCUCCUUUCUCUUGGCCAGUACUCCAUGGCUGACUUCACAGGGCCAUGUCCACUGGAGAUAGAAAGCAUCAAAAUCGAGAGUCUUCUUUACAGAAUCGCCUCCUUUUUGCAGCUGAAAAACUAUGGGCAAGCUGAUGAAGAUUGUAGGCAUGUGCUGGGAGAAGGACUGGCCAAGGGAGAUGGUACCUUUCAAGCAGUACUUUGCUGCAUGCAGCUUAAAGGAAAGCUCCAACUUGUAUCCAGCAUUCUUGCCAAGUCACUGACAGGAGAGUCCCUGAAUGGGAUGGUAACAAAAGAUUUGACAAGACUAAAAAUACUUCUCACAGAAACGGAGACAGCAACUGGUAAUGUCCUCCCUGGAUAUCAUGUGGAAGACUUAGAAGAGGGAUCUUGUAAUGGUUGGCAUUUCCGCCCACCACCUAGGGGAAUCACAAGCAGCGAGGAAUAUACUUUGUGUAAAAGAUUUUUAGAGCAAGGAAUCUGUAGGUAUGGUGCCCAGUGUACUUCAGCACAUUCCCAGGAAGAACUAGCAGAAUGGCAGAAAAGAUAUGCUUCACGGUUGAUAAAAUUGAAACAGCAAAAUGAGAAUAAACAGCUCUCAGGCAGUUACAUGGAAACCUUGAUAGAAAAGUGGAUGAAUUCAUUAUCUCCUGAGAAAGUGCUUAGUGAAUGUAUAGAAGGAGUAAAGGUAGAGCAUAAUCCUGAUCUGUCCGUUACUGUCAACACCAAAAAAUCUCACCAGACAUGGACCUUUGCUCUCACUUGUAAGCCUGCAAGAAUGCUGUGCCGUGUAGCAUUGCUUUACGAUGCUCAUCGCCCUCAUUUUAGUAUCGUUGCAAUAUCUGCCGGAGAUAGUGCUACCCAGGUGUCACAAGAAGUCCCAGAAAACUGUCAAGAAUGGAUAGGAGGAAAGAUGGCCCAAAAUGGAUUAGAUCAUUACGUGUAUAAAGUCGGGAUAGCAUUUAACACAGAAAUAUUUGGAACUUUUCGCCAAACCAUAGUUUUCGACUUUGGAUUGGAACCAGUACUCAUGCAAAGAGUAAUGAUUGAUGCAGCUUCUACAGAAGAUCUUGAGUACCUGAUGCAUGCAAAACAGCAGCUAGUAACCACGGCUAAGCGUUGGGAUUCUUCUUCUAAGACUAUUAUAGAUUUUGAACCUAAUGAAACUACUGAUUUGGAGAAGAGCCUUCUUAUCAGAUACCAAAUUCCUCUCUCUGCUGACCAGCUAUUUACCCAGUCCGUUUUAGACAAAUCAUUGACCAAGACCAACUAUCAGUCACGGUUGCAUGACCUCCUUUAUAUUGAGGAGAUAGCCCAGUAUAAGGAAGUCAGCAAGUUCAACCUUAAAGUGCAAUUGCAGAUUCUAGCAAGCUUCAUGCUCACUGGAGUUUCUGGAGGUGCAAAGUAUGCUCAGAAUGGACAGCUUUUUGGCCGUUUCAAGCUUACUGAAACACUUUCUGAAGAUACUUUGGCUGGACGGCUGGUGAUGACCAAAGUCAAUGCUGUUUAUUUAUUACCAGUCCCUAAAGAGAAGUUAGUACAGACCCAGGGAACCAAAGAGAAGGUUUAUGAAGCUAUUAUUGAAGAAAAAACAAAAGAAUAUAUAUUUUUAAGGAUAUCCAGGGAAUGCUGUGAAGAACUUAAUCUUCGGCCUGAUUAUGACACACAGGUUGAACUUCAGUUUCAAUUAAAUCGAUUACCCCUCUGUGAAAUGCAUUAUGCGCUAGACAGGAUCAAGGACAAUGGGGUUUUGUUUCCAGACAUCACUAUGACUCCAACCAUACCUUGGAGUCCCAACAGACAAUGGGAUGAGCAGUUGGAUCCUCGGCUAAACGCAAAACAGAAAGAGGCUGUUCUGGCCGUUACGACCCCACUUUCAAUACAGCUGCCUCCUGUUCUCAUCAUCGGCCCCUAUGGCACCGGCAAAACAUUCACCCUAGCUCAGGCCGUCAAGCACAUUCUCCAGCAGCAGGAGACCAGCAGGAUUCUCAUUUGCACCCAUUCUAAUAGUGCUGCUGAUCUCUACAUAAAGGAUUAUUUACAUCCAUAUGUAGAAGCAGGCAAUCCCCAGGCAAGACCUCUCAGGGUAUAUUUCAGAAAUCGCUGGGUAAAGACUGUCCACCCAGUUGUGCAUCAGUACUGUUUGAUCUCAAGCGCACAUUCCACCUUUCAGAUGCCACAGAAAGAAGAUAUUCUUAAGCACCGAGUGGUUGUUGUUACGUUGAAUACUUCCCAGUACCUCUGUCAGUUGGACCUUGAACCUGGGUUUUUUACACACGUUCUAUUAGAUGAGGCUGCCCAGGCCAUGGAGUGUGAAACCAUUAUGCCCCUAGCAUUAGCAACUAAGGACACGCGGGUUGUCCUGGCUGGUGACCACAUGCAGCUCAGCCCUUUCGUUUACAGUGAGUUUGCCAGGGAAAGAAACCUUCACGUUUCACUGCUUGACCGGCUCUAUGAGCAUUACCCUGCCGAGUUUCCCUGCAGGAUCCUCCUGUGUGAGAACUACCGCUCCCACGAAGCUAUCAUCAAUUACACCUCUGAGCUCUUCUAUGAGGGCAAACUGAUGGCCAGUGGAAAGCAGCCAGCACACAAGGAUUUCUACCCACUAACCUUCUUUACAGCACGAGGGGAAGAUGUACAAGAGAAAAAUAGCACAGCUUUUUAUAAUAAUGCAGAGGUCUUUGAAGUGGUGGAACGUGUGGAAGAGUUAAGAAGGAAGUGGCCAGUAGCGUGGGGGAAGUUAGAUGACGGCAGUAUUGGUGUGGUGACUCCGUAUGCCGACCAGGUGUUCAGGAUACGCGCUGAACUUCGAAAAAAGAGAUUAUCUGAUGUUAACGUCGAAAGGGUGCUAAAUGUUCAAGGAAAGCAAUUCAGAGUUUUGUUUCUUAGCACAGUACGUACAAGACAUACUUGUAAACAUAAACAGACACCAAUUAAAAAGAAAGAGCAACUGCUGGAAGAUUCCACAGAGGACUUAGAUUAUGGUUUUUUAUCUAACUAUAAGCUUCUCAAUACUGCCAUCACAAGAGCACAGUCCCUGGUUGCCGUGGUGGGUGAUCCCAUUGCUCUGUGCUCUAUUGGAAGAUGCAGGAAAUUUUGGGAGCGGUUUAUUGCCCUGUGUCAUGAAAAUAAUAGCCUACAUGGAAUCACUUUUGAACAGAUCAAAGCUCAGCUAGAGGCUUUAGAACUAAAGAAGACAUAUGUGUUGAAUCCACUGGCACCUGAAUUUAUCCCCCGGGCUCUGAGAGUGCAGCACACGGGAAAUACCAACAGAUUGCAGCAGUCACCCCCCAAGGGGAAAAGCCUCCAUCAUAUCCAGAAUGAUCAUUUCCAGAAUGAUGGAAUUGUUCAGCCCAAUCCUUCUGUGCUUAUUGGCAACCCUAUUAGAGCAUAUACCCCUCCACCUCCUCUUGGACCUCACCCAAAUUUGGGGAAAUCUCCAAGCCCUGUUCAAAGAAUAGAUCCUCACACUGGGACAAGUAUUCUUUAUGUACCUGCUGUCUAUGGAGGGAAUGUAGUUAUGUCCGUGCCUUUACCUGUACCAUGGACAGGAUACCAGGGUAGGUUUGCAGUUGAUCCUCGAAUCAUUACACACCAGGCAGCCAUGGCCUACAAUAUGAACCUCUUACAGACACAUGGGCGGGGGUCUCCUAUACCUUAUGGCCUUGGGCAUCACCCACCUGUCAGCAUAGGGCAGACGCAAAGCCAGCAUCAGGAGAAGGACCAACAUGAGCAGAGUCGAAACGGUAAAAGUGAUACAAAUAAUCCUGGACCUGAAAUUAAUAAGAUUCGGACACCAGAGAAAAAGCCUACAGAAUCAAAGCAGAUGGAUUUGGAAUCAAAUCCACAGAACAGAAGUCCUGAAUCACGUCCUGGUGUUGUUUAUCCCAAAUUUCAUCGCAAAGACAAUCUCAACCCAAGACACAUAAAUCUCCCUGUUCCUGCUCCCCAUGCGCAGUAUGCAGUCCCCAGUCGCCAUUUUCAUCCACUUCCCCAGCUGCCAAGACCGCCGUUUGCAAUUCCACAGCAGCACGCCUUGUCACAUCAGCAGCAGAAUAAUUUGCCUGAACAGCCAAAUCAAAUGCCGCCCCCCCCGAAUCAGGGAGUCCCGCAGCAGAAUCCGCUGGGCCAGCCGCCGCCUCAGCUCUCUGCUGCCUGUCAGGCAGGCCCCAACAGUGCUUUUUUUAAUACUCCGGUUUCUCAUCGACCACAGUCCCCUCCUGCAGAGGCUGCACUUCCUGAGCAGCAGCCCCCUCCCAUGCUGCAGGGGGGCCACAGUCCUCUGCGAGCCAUUGCGCAGCCCGGCCCCAUUCUUCCUUCACAUCUGAAUAACUUCACUGAUGAGAACCCCCCAGGACUGCCUGUAGGAGAGGCUUUAGAUCGUGUGCAUGGGAGUGUGGCUCUGGAAGCAUUACGGCAGCAGCAGGUGCGGUUACAGCAGUGGAGUGAGCAUCACGCCUAUCUCAGCCAGGGCAGUGUUCCUUACCCACACCAUCACCAUCCUCACCCUCACCCUCACCUCCAGCAUCUUCCCCAGCCGCCCAUUGGAUUACAUCAGCCACCAGUGAGAGCAGACUGGAAGCUCCCCAGCAGUGCCGAAGAUGAAGCAGAAACAGCUGACUCAAGGUUUCAAGACUUAAUCAGAGAACUGUCUAAUCGUGAUCAAAGUGAAACACGGGAACUAGCUGAGAUGCCGCCACCUCAAUCAAGACUUUUGCAAUAUAGACAAAUUCAGACCAGGAGCCCACCAGCAGUCCCCUCGCCACCGUCCAGUGCAGACCACAGUACCCACUUUUCCAACUUCAGUGACAGCAGCAGAGACCUCGAAGUAGCCAGCAACCCAGCAUUUCCACAGCGCCUGCCGCCGCAGCUGUUCAAUUCGCCUUUCUCGUUGCCGUCUGAACACCUCGCCCCUCCUCCCUUGAAAUGCCUGGCACGUGAUGGAGCAUGGACUUUUGCCAACUUACAGCAGAAUCGCCUGAUGGGGCCGGGUUUUCCCUAUGGCCUACCUCCACUGCCGCCCAGGCCACCGCAGACCCCUUUUGUGCACAUGCAGAGCCAUCAGCCUGCUGUCAGCCAAGAGCCCUUCCACCCGCUGUCGGCUCGCACGGUGUCGUCCUCUUCGCUCCCCAGCUUAGAAGAGUAUGAACCCAGAGGACCUGGUCGGCCCUUGUACCAAAGAAGAAUCUCAUCUAGCUCAGUCCAGCCUUGUUCUGAAGAAGUAAGCACUCCUCAAGACAGCCUUGCCCAGUGUAAAGAGCUUCAGGACCAUAAUAACCAAUCUUCUUUCAACUUUUCCUCCCCGGAGUCCUGGGUAAACACCACCUCAUCUACCCCCUAUCAGAACAUUCCGUGCAAUGGAUCCAGCAGGACAGCUCAGCCCAGAGAGUUGAUAGCUCCGCCCAAGACCGGCAAACCCCCUGAGGAUCAUCUGAAGCCUGAAAACCUCGAGGGGUCUAGUUCCUUCAAUUACAGCGUCCUGCAGCAUCUCGGCCAGUUCCCCCCACUCAUGCCCAACAAGCAGAUCGCGGAGUCGGCCAGCAGCAGCAGCCAGCAGAGCUGUGGAGGCAGCAAGCCCGCCAUGUCGUACGCCAGCGCUCUGCGGGCCCCGCCCAAGCCCAGGCCCCCGCCAGAGCAGGCCAAGAAGAGCAGCGACCCUCUGUCUCUGUUCCAGGAACUCAGCCUGGGGAGCUCAUCGGGCAGCAAUGGCUUUUACUCCUAUUUUAAAUAAUCACUUUUUUUUCCUCCAGGGAGAGUGUUUUCAUUCUGUUUGUAUCAGUAGAAUUAAGAUAGCUGGACUUCACCUAUAGAUGCACAGUUCCCUUUGUUUUAAUAUUAAGUAUGUUCUCAAUUGCUUUGCUGCUAGACUUGCAACUAAUUUUUUUUUUACAGUAUAUUCCAUUAUUUUGCAUUUUUGACAUGAGUCGGAAUUUUGACAGCUUUUAUGUGGAAUAAAAAAUAUUUUUAAAUUUGUGUAUUGUUACAUAUGUUUGCAUCAAGCUAGCAGCUAAGAGGUUAAUUGUGCAACUAUUAAAAAAGGAGAAAAAAAGUUUGUCUAAAAUGUAUUUAAAAAGAAAAAAAAAUUGUAAGUAGCAUUUACAUUUAUUCAGUAAUAUUACCAUACGCUGGGUUUCUGUACCAGAAAUGGCCAGUUGAUGUACAAAUGUAUGUUAUUUUUGCUUAAAUUCAUUGAAAAUUUUUUAAAAAAAAAAAGGGGUCAGCAUCUUCUAAAUACUUUAAGUUUUAUCAGCUUUUUUUGGUGACAAGAUGCUGCAUUCUAAAACUUUUAUAGUUUUAGACUAUGUAUGAUGUGCUGUUGUAAUCUCCAUCCACUGUAGGAUAGAGUUAAAGGCAUUCUUUGCAGGUGUAUUUCAUAUGCCACUGUUUUUUGUAACAUGAAAAAAACAGUGGCAUACUUAAUUAUUUUUUGGACAAGCUACACUUUAAGCUUGUUUUUAAUGUUAAUUUGAUAGUGUGUGUUUUUUUUUUAAACAAAUCAUGAAGCUGAAAAAUUUUUAGGAUUGUUGGUGCUUAGUAGACUUGAUAACUAUUUUAAAAAUGCGUGAAUUUAGUAACAUCUUCUUUUCCUCACUAUGCAUGUGUAAAUGUUCGUAAUCUGGCUUCCCCCUCUCCAGUGGUAUAAAGAGUUGUGCCGCUUUAAGGUUUUUUUUCCCUCCAGUAAAAAUUUUGGUACCUUUAUUUGAUGUUUACAUUAAAAUGUGACAUUAUACAUGGCAAUUCAAAUAUUUUGCUAACUGUUUUGUUUGAGGAACAUCAUUAAAGAAGAAGUAUAAUGUUUGUCAAAGAUGUAUCAAAAUUCAUCAAAAUCUGGGGCAAGAAGCUGCCCUUGUUUUCAUGUCUUUUGAUUCUUCUAAAAGAACCCCACUGAACUUGUACAAAAAUAUACAAUUUAAACAGCUAUCUUAAAUAUCCUACAGUCUAAACAUUGUUUUGAAUGAACUUUGGUAAAAUCCAAAGAACAACGUUUACCCUCUUAAAACUUGUGGUCUUGUAACGCUUUUGCGACGAUGCAUGUCCAUAUUGUUUUCCUGAUCUAGUAGUACUACUUUUAUACUUCAGAGAUAUCUUGAAACUACAAUAUAACCUUUUUAAAAAAAACAUAAAAUAAUAAGGUAAGGUUGGGAAACACUGCAAAUCCUGAACGGACCCUCAUGAUCCGUUCAAAACUAGUUUUCUUCCGGAAGACUGCCUUUGAAUAGGCCAUCGUCUAUUCGCGGUCCAUUUUUAAAGCAGAGUUGAAAAGUGGAGGGCAAAGAAAAGCGUCUGCGACGGGAGUUUAGUUGGUGUCAGCCAGCAGUAGUCCCCUGUAAGCCUCGGACAGUUUGGGAGAAGAGAGUGCCUUUAGUUAAAGGCUGUCAAGCUCUAGGACAAAUGAAGAGAACCUCUUUUUUAUUCAGUUCUGUCCUUCUGCCCAGAGUGCAGUUCACUUCUCUGUGGCUUCACGUUACAGGCUGCAGGUCUCUGUGUAAGGCGGCAGAUGUAGACGUGUAGACUGCAGACGUGCUAAUGGUUAGUAUAAAUCACAGUUGGAAAACGGAGCCAGCAAGUUACAGCACCUCGUUUUUCUCUGUAAGAUGUCAGAUCGCCACAUUUAGUGAUGGCAGAUUUUACUCAACAUAGUCACAAGAAAAGAAGAAAAAGUUUUGCCAUAUAGCUGUGUAUUUCUAACUCUGUGACAAAACUCAAGAUACAGCCCAAAUGAAAAUGAGAUCCCCCUGAUGUGAGGAUGUCGGUGAAGAAUAAUGUUCUUGUCAGUGAUGAUUCUCCUCCCCCGAAAAUAUACAGGACUGCGACGCAAGCCAGGUAAAUGGUCGAAAGCAUGCUGAUCUGACAAAGACAGAACUAUCCCAUCAGGGCUGUCAGUUAACCCCUUGUCAUAAAGUAAUUGCCUAAUCAUCUGUUUUCCAUACUUGAACCUUUAAAAAAUACCAGUUUUAAAAUUAUUUAUAUUUAAAUGUGCCCACCCUACCGCCCUUAUAUAUUGAUGGAAACUUUGCGUAAGGAAGCUGUUACGUUGUUGUGACUUUGCUGUUCUAAGCAGUUAUUUCUAAGAAACUAAAAGUAGUAGCUGCUUCUUAGUCCACUGCUCUGCUGAGAACGUCUGAGUGUUCCUCACUUCCUUAUUGUUUCUACAGCCAGUCAAGGAUUCGAAUGUUUCCAUCUCAGCUUUACUUAAUGCCAUCUUUCCAACUGUGCUUUAAAUGUAAUGUAUACAUAAUAAUAUCUUGUAACAGUUUUGAGAAAGUCUUACUGCAAGAAUCAUUGCAAGUUUCCAUUGAAAUGUGUGGCUUCUGAGUACCGUUCAUCCUGUUGGAUAUUACUUGGGUAGUGUUAGCAAGUGCCCACGAAUCAGACUUAAAAAACAACUUACAGUCGGCCUUCCGUAUCUGCGGGUUCCGUGCCCACCGAUUCAGCAAAGCAUGGAUCAAAGAUAUUUAAAAAAAAAAAAAAAUUCCAGAAAGUUCCAAAAAGGAGAGCUUGAAUUUGCCAUGCGUUCGCAACUAUUUGCCUAACAUUUAUAUUGAAUUAGGUAUCAUAAGUAAUCUAGAGAUGAUUUAAAGUACAUGGGAGGAUGUGUGGAAGUUAUGUGCAAGUGCUACGUCAUUUUAUGUAAGGGACUUGAGCAUCCUCGGGUUUUGGUAGUCCUGGGGGUCCUGGAGCAGAUCCCCUGCAGACACUGAGGGGCGACUGUGUUUUAUGGUCUAGGUCCAACCUUAGAGUUCAGAUGGAACUUUUUUUUUUUAAAGCUUGAUGUAAGCUCUGGGAUAAUACCAAGUAUUACCAACUUCCUUUUCUUCCAAAACAGAUUUCUUCUAAGUGCAGUUAGUUGUUCACAUGUCUUUCUACUUCUUUGUUCUUUAUAUCACUCUGAAGUUUCCUUUUUCUUGCCAGAACUAUUUUUUAUUAAUUUUACUUUUUAAUUUCAGUGCUACUGAGAUUUUCUUUUUUUACCUUAAAGAAAUUCUUUUGGGUGAUAGAGUCUGUAGAGUUUUCAUGCUGAAUUUUUUUCCCUACCUAAAAAUGAAUUUCUGUUCAGCUCUGAAUGAGCCUCGUUCAGUGCAACAUGGAUAUUUUCUGGUGGGUUUUUCAGAGGGGUUUUGGUUGCCAUUUGGCAUGUGCUUGGCCAAGUUGUUAUAGCAGAGCUUUGUUUUUGAUUAAUCAGCAGUUAAUUAUUGACCAUUUAAACAACAUGACUUUCAUUUUCCUUUCCUCAGACAGAUAUGCUUUCUCUCCAGGUCAUUUUGUAUGUGUGAAAUAAUAAACUGCUUUGUGUGUUUUUUUUCAUCAGAGAUUCUAGAAUAAGUUUGAGUUUGGUGUGAACAUCAAUUGGUCUUUUCAGUUCAAAGAACUGCAGAAUAAGUAAAAUAAUCAGAAUUCCCACUGAAUAAGCAUUACCUAAUUAAACAUAGCGAUCUCCAAGACCUAUUUGUGAAAAUAAUUUCCUUUUUUAUGGUGGCAUUGAAAUUGCUGAGAAAGUAACUGAAUUCCCUAACUUGAGAUAAUUAAGAUACAGUAUUAUCUUGCUCUGGUAUAGCUGAUCUUACAUGUUUAAUAUUUUCCACGUAUAUACAUUUCAAGAGCAAAGCUAUAAACAUAUAGGAAUGUAUCUCUAGCGACCUGCGCUGGAGAGAGUCACCUUGCCUAAGAGCCAGUGUGUGAAAACCAAUUUCAAGUUAAAUUUCAGAUUUCAGCUGUUGUUAUUAAGAAAAUUAAAUUUACUGAAAUCGCCAUUUUAAGAAGAGACACCUGUUAUCCUUAGAAUUGUUUCCUACUGGAGCUGUUUUUAAAAAGAGAACCCAGAAAAAGCCUAUAAAAAUACAAGAUUAAAACUUUAAAUGUAUUGCAAGAUACAAAUUGCUACCUUAAAUGUUACUUAGGCGCUCUGGUUUUUCUUCUAGCUCCACAAAGGUAGUACUUUGUCUUUUAUGAUUUACCAGACGUUGUUUCUUGCUAACCAUCCCUUUAACUAUUGAGAAACCCUCAAUUUCUACCACCACCCUCAUGUGCGCUCCUAAAUCUCAAAGGAUAUGUCUUAAUGGAUCUGAUGGUUCACUCCGCUUUUUGCCACCUGACCCACACAGUAUUGAGCAGUUAGAAAUAACGGAUAAUGUUAUAACCAUGAUUUCUUGUUCAGAGUAUCAGCUAGUGAUGUCCGCCACAUAGUAUAAAGGUAACAGGAAAGAGCAGGUGGCACGUUAGUCUUCAGAGCGCUUGUUCUUUUAGGUUUCUCGAGUUCUCCAUCUACCUGGGGUUGGAUAUUUAUUGGCUGAGGUUUCCCUGUAAAGCUGCUGAAGACCAUUGUUAUAAGGAGUGAAUCAAUCUUACUGGCAUUUAACAUUCUCUUAAAGCACAUUCAGGAAGUGGCAUUGUUAUUACUUUAAAUUAGAAUAUGAGAUUAAACAGAUUACAAAAAAUUUUAAUGUAACAUUUAAAUUUUUUGAAAUGUUUGAAAAUAUCUACUUUGGAAUAAACUUUAAGGAAACAGUCACAGGAGCUUCUAAAUGUUUUCAAAGGGAGGUACCUAACAGAAAAGAAUAUAGGCUUAGUAAUGUGAACUGUGGUUAAAUCCUAAACCCAGUUAUACAGUAUUAGUCUAAAGCUUCUAAAACUGGAGUGUUCAGAAAAUCCAGAGACAUUCAUAUACUUACAGUUUCAGUAAUGUAUUAGACCAGACUUUAUUUGCAAUUUGUUCAACAGAGAGAUUUUAUUUUGAUACGAAUAUUAAGCAUAAAGCAUAGUAAGUUUUAUAUAAUUCUAUAAGUUCAUUAAACAAUAUUACAGAAUUUUCAUUAUAUUCUUUGGGAGUCUUUUUAGCUGUUUCUACAUCUCAUAUAUGAGGUGUCUUCUGUGUUUUAUUUUGCAUACUAGCAUGUGACUGCCUGCCUUAGAACUAUGUAUAGGAGGGGAAACCGAUAUUACUUACAAUUUUUGUUUUGAUGUUCUGAAAUGAAUUUCAUCAUUAGUUCUUUUUUCUUUUUUGAUGUUUGAGCAGUUGAGGGGAAGGGGCAAAUUCCAUAGGUUUCAACCCAGAAUAGAAGGAGUAUCUGUUUACAAAUAUGUCCUGUUUUAAGAUAUGGACAUUUUAAGCAGGAUAGAGCUAGCGGAUCUCCAACUUUAGCCAGCGUCAGCAUUAGCUGGAGGCCUUGUUAAAGUACAGGCUGCUGGACCUGCCCCACAGUUUCUGAUGCCAGGCCGGAGCCUGAUCAUCUGCGUUUCCAGCAAGUUCCCAGGCAGCACUGACGUUGCUGGUCCAGGCACCGCACUUUGAGAACCACGGGUCUAGAGGAAGUCUGAGGGUCUCUUCAGCCACGCAUUUAUUUACUCAGUGUACAAAACUGAUCUCUUGAGACAUUUUUAUAAUUCUGAUGCGGCGACGGGGACAUUCAUGGAGAAAGACCUCCGUGGAGUGCCGGGCCCUCUGGGGGGUGGCCACCCCCGCCCCCCGCCCCUCAGCGCUCACCCCGUCUGAGGUCUGUGCUGCUCUUCCCUGUGACGGGGCAGGAGCUCUCGCACUUGGAGGGUGAGUUUGGUUUUGUGUACACUGCAGCCUGGGCUUUGGUCUGGAAGCUGUGCGUGCGUUUGGAGCGCUUAGAGUCAGUCUUGAUGCUCCACACACGCGGAGGUGAGGAUUGUGGAAGGGAGCCAUCGACUGUCCCGAGAAUGCAGUUCGCGUUUAUCGAGGCCCCAGGUACCGGAGGCCCCGUCCUACGAUGGCAGUGACCUGAAGCAUAGAAAACGAUAGAUAAACCCCGAAUGGUGUAGUCGUAGUUGUUAUGUUUUGGGGGAUGAGGGAGGCGAGGGCAAAGGAUUUGCUUUUCAAAUUAUGUGUUUCUCAGGUUAACAAAGUUAAUUUGGAUUCUCUGCCGUGCCGGUAGGUGUUAGGGGAGCCUGAAUUGUUGUACGUGGCAGAAAAUUGAUAAUUGUCUCUGAUUACUUUGCUACCUUAAAAAAAAUCUAUAUAUGUUUGCAAAAAAAAGUCUAGAGGAAUCUACCACCUACACAGCAUGAGUUAUUCAUAAACCAUAGGUGCACAUGUAUGAGCAAGUUAUUUUUGAGAAAGAAACUGCCUACAGUAUAAUAAACCUACAGGUCUUUGGGUGUUUAAAAUGCGCGUGCUGUUGUUGUUAAUAUUCCCCCUGGAGUGCAGCUUGAGGGGUAUUGGUCUCUGCCUCUGGUUUUUUGUUUGGCUUUGAAUUUACCGAGACCCUAGAAAGAGAAGAAAUUAUUUUUAAGGUAAUAGAUUAUAGAAUGACUUAGAUGUAGACCGUAUGAUAAGCAUCAUAGAACACACAGCUUUGGAAUUCUUAAAACACAGUACUUCCUCCUUGAAAGGCAAGAUAACCUCUGGUGGGAUUGUUUGUAUGUUCAGCACAGGUUACUUUAUCCAGUUCCAACUCAUAGGGAGCUUCAGUUUAUUUAUUCUUUGCACGAUGCCUUGGAAGUGAAGACCUCUGUGUCUUUCAGCUGCUCAGAGGGCUCUUUUGUCCAGGAUGAAGUGCUGACGUGUCAGUUACACCUGAAUGUUUCUCAGCCCCCCCCCCAUACAGAGCAGGAGUCUUGGAUUUUUACAUGUCCAGACCAUGCCUACUUCCUGUAAACCCGUGUGUAUGACAUUGUACUGUAUCCGCUUUCUGUGCCAGUCAUCCCACCUGAUUCUUUGAAACCCAUGAAGGUACUGGUUAAGUGUAGUAGUUGUAUCCUAGGUAAAUCCAGUGAUUAAAAUACCUCUCCUCUCAAUUAUAAAGGUAAUGGGUUUUGCAUCUUAUUAAAGGGUUCUGUCAUUAGUGACACAGGUUUUGUUUUUGUUUUUGUUUUUGUUUUUUUAAUGCUUCAAGAAUACAGUUCUUAUCUAAACGUGUUCAGCUAACUUCAUACAAUCACGUGGCAAAUUCAUACUGGGUCUUAUUUGGGCAAAAGCCUCCUAAAGGAAGGUUACAUAAAACUGAUCAGUUUCCAUCUCUUAAAAGUACCAGUUGUACAGCCAUCUAAUAAUCAUAAUUUCUGGCAAAAUUAUAACAAAAUUAUUAUUUUUUUCUUUGCAGUUAAUGAUACCUCAUCUGAGAGUUCUAAUACCUAAAGAGUUUAUGCUUAAAAGUAAAAAUGACUUUGUACCAUAAAAUAACCCCAAAGCCACUCUCUAGGGUUUUUAUUUUCUUCCUUUUUUGUCAUUUUCUUUUUUAACUUAGUUUUAGAAUUACUUUAGUCGCUUUGGUUCCUUAGAACAAGUUUUCAAUUUGGAGGUCUCUAAUUCCUACAUUGUGACCAUUGUCUCAGUGAAGUUCUUUUGUUUUAAAAGAUUCAUGGUAACACAAAAUGUAUUUUACUGCUACAACUAAAAUGUAUUUAUAAUAAAAUGCCUUUUUAAUAAUUUGGA